AUGUAUAUUCCUCAGAAAUUCAACGUAGAUGAUUGGUCCGCCCAGGAACACUUGAUCAAGUCGUAUCCGUUGGGCACAAUCGUGACCAUCGACGAGAACGGAGCACCAAUUGCCAACCAUUUCCCGUUUUUCCUCCAUGUGGAUGAACAGUCGGGUAAGAAGUACUUGCACGCGCACGUGGCCAAGAGAAACCACCAGAUUCCGUCGCUCACCGCCAACGACAACGUUUUGGUGAUUUUCCAGAGUCCAAGCACGUACAUUCUGCCUUCGUACUAUCCGGAGAAGGCAAGAACGCACAAGUUUGUGCCUACGUGGGACUUUGCGUCGCUCCAUAUCACCGGCAAGCUGCGGAUCAUCGACGAUUUUGACUUUGUCAGAGCACAACUCAACCAUUUCACCGACCAGAACGAGGCCGAAAGAGAGGACAAAUGGAAGGUGGAUGAUGCGCCGGAAAACUACUUGAAAAUCAUGCAGAAGGCCAUCACCGGCUUGGAAAUCGAGAUCGUCGACACAAAGUGCAAGUACAAGUUCGAACAGAAAGAGACUCGCGAGAAUGUCGACGGUGUGAUUGCCGGUUUGGCUUCCGACGGAAAGGAGGUUUUGAGCGAGUACGUGAAGAACGCCAACGAAGGCUUGUAG